AUGGAAGGGCAGCGUGUGGUCGCGAUCGGCGGCGCGGGCGAGGGCGGCGGCCGUGCGGGCGGCGGGGGGCGCGGCAAGCGUCCGCGCUCCGGGCGGCCCCGCAGCGGGCGCGGCGGGCGCGGCGGGCGCGGGGGGCGCGGCGACCAGGACGACGGCCCCGCGCGGCGCCGCAUGCACACCGGGCCCUCGCCGUAUCCGCUGCAGGGGGGCAGCAGCGACGAGCCUCCAGGGUUCGCGCCCGCGCCGGCGCCGGCGCCCGUGCUGGCGGGCGCGGUCAAGGACUACAUGACGAACCAGCUGUUCGACGAGCUGCCGAUCUCGGCGCACACGAAGCGCGCGAUCCGGGAGAUUCUGGGCUAUGCAACCAUGACGACCGUGCAGGCCGCGUCUAUCCCCGCCGCGCGCACGGGGGGCGACAUCCUGGCCCAGGCCAAGACCGGCACGGGCAAGACGCUGGGGUUCCUGAUUCCCGCGAUUGAGCAGAUGCUGGCCGCGGGCUUCCGGCCCGGCGCGGCAAAGACCGUUCCGAUCCUGGUGCUGUCGCCCACCAGGGAGCUCGCCGCUCAGACCCGCGAGGAGGCCCGCAAGCUCCUGCACUUCCACCGCUGGCGCACGGACCAGGUCGUCGGCGGCACGAACAUGCGCUCGGAGACGAACCGCCUCGCGAACGGCGUGGAGGUGCUCGUCGCGACCCCCGGCCGCCUCCAGGACCACAUCGACAACACGCCGGGCUUCGCGCAGAUGCUCCAGGGCGUCACCGUCCUCGUCCUCGACGAAGCCGACCAGCUCCUCGAGAUGGGCUUCCGCCCCGCCAUCCUCAAGAUCCUCGAGUCGCUCCCGCCGCGCGAGCGCCGGCAGACGCUGCUCUUCUCCGCGACGGUCCCCAAGGACGUGCACCACGUCGCGAAGCUCGCGAUGCGCCCGGGCUACCAGUUCAUCAACACGAUUCCCGAGGGCGAGGUGCAGACGCACGAGAGCGUGGCGCAGAGCAUGCUCGAGGUUCCGAUGGAGGGGCAGGCCGCGGCGCUGGUCGGGAUCCUCCGCGCCGAGGCCGCGCAGCCGGGGCACAAGGUCCUCGUGUUCUUCGUCGCCGCGAAGGUCACGGCGUACAUGGCGGCGCUGUGCCGCGAGGCGGGGCUCGAGGUGCUGGAGAUCCACUCGCGGAUGUCGCAGGCGCAGCGCACCAAGGUGUCGGACGCGUUCCGCGCCGGCACGAACUGCAUCCUCUUCUCGUCGGACGUCUCGGCGCGCGGGGUCGACUACCCCGACGUGUCGUUGGUGCUCCAGGUCGGACUGACGACGCGCGAGCAGUACAUCCACCGCCUCGGGCGCACGGCGCGCGGCAGCACGGGCGUCGAGGGCCGCGGGCUGCUCCUCGUCGCGCCGUUCGAGGCGAACCCGAUGCGCCGGGAGCUCCGCACGCUGUCGAUCACCAACGCCGACGGCGACGUGGCCGCUAGCAUCGCGGCGCUGCGGCCCGAGCAGGACCCGCUGCUGUCGCGCGCGCUGCGCGCCAGCCGCGGGGACGUCGCGCGCCUCAAGAGCCAGGCGUACCAGGCCUGGCUGGGGUACUAUAAUGGCAACCUGAAGAGGCUUGGGUGGUCCAAGGAGGACCUGGUGGACGCGGCGACGCACUGGGCGCGCGUGAACUGCGGGCUGACGGCGGAGGGGCAGCCGCCGCCGCUGCAGGCGAAGACGGUCGGGAAGAUGGGGCUGAAGGGGGUGGGGGGACUCAACGUGGAGCGCGGGGGGGGUGGCGGCGGCGGGCGCGGGGGUGGCGGCGGCGGGCGCGGCCGGGGCCGCGGCGGCCGUGGCGGCGAUGGAGGCGGGUACUAG